AUGGGAAUGAAAGCACGCUGCCAAUGUGGCAAAAUUCAAUUCACAACACCGACAGAAAAACCACUGAAAGUUUGGAUCUGCCACUGCACAGAAUGCCAACACCAAAGCUCGUCCGCCUUCGGCAUCUCUGCAACGUUUCCGUACUUCGAACUCCCCGAGGAACUCUCCAAUCUAGCAAGCAGCUACACCCGUGUCACCAUCAAAGGCCGUGAAUUGGAGUGCAUUUUUUGCAAGAAUUGUGGCGCUAGACUUUUUCAUCGGUUCAGAGAUGCUGUACCGACACCUGGUGAGCAGCCGCAUUUUUCGGCAAUCACUAAUGUGAAAGGCGGUUGCUUGGAAGGUCUGACUAAAGAACUGCUGCGGUCGGCGGUUCAUAUUUGGUGUCAAGAGGCGAUCAUUGAUAUUCCCGAAGGCGUGGAGAAAUGGGAUCAAGCGCCGCCUCAGCCGAAUCCAUUGGUUACUUGA